ACCCUCCAGCUGACAUGAAACGUUUGUUUGGCUUGUGAUUUUAUUAAAGUUGAGAGUCUCACCAAAACAGAAUUUAAAGAGAUCCUAGUAUUAUGGCCGAUACACCAAGCACGCCCAACACACCCGGCAGUCGGGCCGUGGAAAUAGCCAAGGCGCAAAACACAGCACUGGCAGAGUUUAAGCGUCCGCUGCCCAACAGCAACGAUCGACGCAAAAUUAAACCCAAAAUCCUAACCGAGGAACGGUAUAUUGAAGAGAUGUCCAAAAUCAUACAGCGUGACUUCUUUCCCGACCUAGAGCGACUGCGGGCACAAAAUGACUACCUGGAAGCGGAGUCGCGCCGCGAUUUUUUACAAAUGGCCGAAAUACGAGCACGCUACAGUCUUGGCCGUGUCUCCGGCACUGGAAACCGGCGCGGCUCUAAUAGUCGCAACAAUGCCAUGUCACCAGCCACAUUUGAAACACCACUGGGCACCACUGACGCCAGUGCAACGCCACGUCCAGACACGCCACUCAGUGUCAGCGGUGGCAGUCAGUGCUCCAAGGCCGAAGGUGGACAACCGGAUGCCCUUGGACACAAAAUGUCCUUGGACGCCUUUCUGCAGCACUACACCAGCGAGGAUAAUCAAAGUUUUCAGGAAAUAAUUGAAACGGCCGAGGCGAAGCUGCGACUAAAGUACGCCUUGUUGUACAAUCAUGAGCAGCUGUCCAUGGAGCAACUGCAGCGUGCAUUAAUGUUACCCAGCAUUGAGCAGCAAUUUGAAGAUCCCGAUCCCUUGCGCAAGAUUGAGACGUGGAAAUACACCAACAUGAAUUCCAUUAUGUAUGUGCCUGAUGGCGUUGAGUUGACCGAACAAGAACGCGUUCAGCUCGCCGAACGCAAACAAAGCAUUCAGCACAAUGCCACAAGACUGCCGGCCACGUCCCAGCCCGAAACGCCGGGCAGCAAGCCAGCUACAAAUGUCAGUCUCACCAAGAUGAAUGCAACGGGUGAAGAGGCCAGUUCACAGGGAACGGGAACGCCUCGUAUUCGUGGCUUUGAUCUGUUGCGCUCACCAUCCGUAUGUCCCGGCGAAGCUUUCUCACCCAUUAUGACCUGGGGUGAGAUCGAUGGAACGCCCUUUCGGCUAGAUGGUGGCGAUACGCCUCUGCGCAAUACGCCUGGGCCCUCGUUUCACAUCAAUGAGAACUCGCGCAGGGAGAACAUUGCCAUUGCGCUGGCGGAGAAGGUCAGCGAGAAGAUGCGCAACCAAAAACAACAAGCUCUAAAUACAGCGCGCCGCAACAUCGGUUCGCCCUUCGUGCGCUCCAGCAUGGAGCGUCUGGCCAGCAUGUCGCCGGCUGCGCGUCGGCUCGCCAGCAGCAAACUGGGGCUGCGCACACAUCACACACCGUUACUGACACCAUCGCCAGGACAGGCGCGCAAGCGCAAAGUCACACCAGGUGUGGUGCGGCCGAUGCCGAGCGGUGGCAAACAACAGACACCAGCCAAGGCCAACAGCUCCGGCAAUGCAACACCCAUCGAUACCGGCUCCACACUGACUGACGAUCUGCUAAAAAUACCAGCAAAAAGACGAAGCGCCGCUGCAGAUUUCUUUUAAAAGUUCAAAACUUUACUUUUUUUUUUUGAUAGUUUUGUUUAAGCUUUAUUUGAGUGUAAUAGAAAACCCAUAAAC